AGGAUUCCCGCCUCAGAAACAACUUAUGGAAUAAGCUUUCGCACCCCAGAGCCCUUUUCAUAAUACACACGCAGUGUUAUCCACACACAAACACACACUUCCCGUCUCUAUAGUCGGUCACCACCAGGUGACCUUCGGUUUGCGUACGGUGGCCGGCAAGGUGAGGAAGAAGGCGAAGGCAUGCUGCUCUGCCCGACGUGCCUGGACGCGUGAGCGAGAGGCUGCCCCAUGGCUUCGGAGCAGCCUCAGCAGCCGGAGAGCGGGGUCUCGGGCGAAGACGAGGAUGACUUCGGGUACGGCUUGUUUCCGGAGCGACGCCGCGGCGAGGCGAAGAACCCGGCCUUCCUCUACAAAAGCGUGUUCACCUACAACAACAAGUGCCAGAUUAUGUUGAAGUUCGCCCUGGACUCCAAUCCUUUUGCUAAACUACUACUUGAUGCUAUGAAGAAUUCUGGCUGCACUGUUUUCAAUGACCGACAUUUCUCAUGUGAAGAUUGUGAUGGGUGUGUCAGUGGAGGAUUUGAUUCUUCAACAUCACAGAUUGUUCUAUGCCAAAACAAUAUUCGUUAUCAAUCUCAUAUGAACAGAGUGGUUAUACAUGAACUUAUCCAUGCAUUUGAUCAUUGCCGAGCACAUGUGGACUGGUUCAAUAAUGUCAAGCAUUUAGCUUGUUCAGAGAUCCGAGCCGCUAAUCUCAGUGGAGAUUGCUCCCUCUUAAAUGAAAUGUCCCGAUUUAAAUUUGGAUUGAAACAGCAUCAUCAAACUUGUGUAAGAGACAGAGCAGUUCGCUCCAUCUUGGCUGUUAGAAAAGUCAACAAAGAGAUGGCAGAGAAAGCUGUGGAUGAAGUCUUUGAAUCCUGUUUCAAUGAUCAUGAACCAUUUGGCAGAGUGCCUCACAACAUUUCAGAUGCAAAAUAUGCAUAUAGAGAGUUUCAGAAUCGUGAACGGUACUAUACAAAUUUGUAGACUGUUCAUCUCUAGCUCUAAACUACACCAUUUGAGGCCAACGUUCAGAAGAUUAAUUGUGAAGAUAACUGGAGCAAAUACCCAUGUUGUUCAAUCCCUGUUCUGUGUUUCAUUCCGUAUAAGAAUUGAUAUGGCAGUUUCUUUUUGCAGUUAUCACAUAAAGGUGUAUAUAGGAGAAUUCUACUGAGAAUUAACUUUGCAAAUGUUCUGGUUUUCAUUUUUGAUUUAAUAAAAGCAAUUUUUAUAUGUA